AUGUCCGCAGAAAAUCAACGAUAUAUAUAUUCUAAUCCACAAGGAGGAUCGACAACCUCUUAUGAGUAUCAAACAUAUCCUACGCAGGCUUACGUGUCGGCACCUCCUCCUCAGGCUCCUCCCCGGCCGAUACGCUCCCCCAUUACUCAGUUUCAUUCGCAACAUCACCAGCCAAAUUUCGCGGCAUCAUCUUCAUAUACCCAACAGGCGUCUUAUGCGCCCGCUCCAUCAUAUACUCUUCCUCAGUCGCAGCCUCAAUGGCAGCCUGAAAGCUGGUCCCCUCAAUUCGGGACCUUCCAGCCCACAUCCAUCACGGCAGACGUGACGUACGCCGCCAAUACAGCCCGCCCGGAGUCAGUCUCUCAGACCACCCCUGCAGAGGCACGAUCGUAUACUGCCGGUCCAUCCAAUCCACCACUUGAGAAUCGCCGCCCAGAGGAACGUUAUCCCCCCGCCCCUGGGUCAGCUCAUGCAUCGCCCGUUCAAAAGAGCAAGAGGCGGGACAAGGAGUCACCAGUCUUGGCUCCAAGUCCAAUUAUCAAUCCUAGUCUAGAUUUUAUGGUAGAGUCCUACGGUAUGAUACUCGAGGGGACAAAAUCCCUGGCGUCCGCGGGUUUUGCUGCGCGGCUCCCACCGCCUGAAACUAUGGAACGCAUGAUCCAGUCCGCGAACUACGGAAGACAAAUGUUGCAAUCAGCAGUUGCGCAAUCAAACCCUGACACGAGGCCGUCUACUGGCGGCAGUGACAAGGAUACUCCGGCCAUAAAGCGGCAGAAGGCCGAGGAACAUGCUCAGGAAGGGCAGACUUGCCUUGGUUGCAACGCAACCUCGACCCCUGAGUGGAGGCGUGGCCCCUUAGGCCCUCGAACCUUGUGCAACGCAUGUGGCCUCGUGUAUGCUAAACUUUUGAAAAAGCGGGCACGAGGGGAACGGUCUCGCGGGGGCAAUAGCAAGGACCCAGGAUCUCACAACACCAUGGAAGAUUCUGUGAUUGCGUCCAGCGGGGGAAGUGACGAUGACGAUUCUUAUGGGUCACAAGAUCGCGACCUGGGUGAUCAUAUACGGAGAGGGUGA